AUGGGGAAAGAUAAUCCUAUAGCUCCUAUGGUUCCGGCAAAAGACUCAGAUAAGUUGUCAACAUUAAAGGCUAGUCAGGUUCCGAGCGAGCCGUAUGGUGAUACUCCUCAAAUAGUAAAACGCACCCUUAUCACAACCAGUCAAGUUGGCUUCGUGAGUUUGCCAGACCAAUUGCACCGAAAAGCUGUUCGACGGGGUUUUGAUUUCAAUCUAAUGAUUACGGGCUCCCCUGGUUUGGGGAAAUCUAGUUUCAUCAACGCCCUAUUUUGCAGCGAUGUAUACAAUACAGAAUACCCGCUCAAAUACAGAUGGACCGCGCCUUGUAUGAUCCUCAUCAUCACCUAUAUCAAAGGCGACCCGCUCACGUGGUCACAAGUUGCCACCAACUCACCAAAUGCUGGUCGAGACGUCCUCUGA